AUGAAAAUUUACUUCACAAAUGAAAUCCUUAUCACAUUUAAUAAAAUUUACUUUAUAAUUACUAUAGUUAAAGAAAUUUCAGCUUCUCAACCUGAUUAUACUUAUAAAGUAAGGGUAUUAUAA